AUGGAGCCACCAUUUCCUGCAGCAUCAAAAGCGUGUUCCGCCACAGUCAGUAAUCUUAUCCACUUCCAGCUGGCGAACGGCAGCGGCGGCGGCCGUGGCCUGUUCUGCUAUCACUGUCCGCCGAGCCUGCCGCCGCACCAGCACCGAUUGCCAACCCUGGAGUACCCUUUCACCGCUUCUCAUCCCUACACAAGCUACUCGUACCACCCGGCCAUCCACGAUGACACGUUCGUUCGCAGGAAACAGCGACGUAACAGGACCACCUUCACUCUACAACAGCUUGAAGAGUUGGAGACUGCGUUUGCGCAGACGCAUUAUCCCGAUGUCUUCACUCGGGAAGACCUCGCACUCAAGAUCAAUCUCACGGAAGCGCGGGUGCAGGUAUGGUUUCAAAACCGAAGAGCAAAAUGGCGGAAGGCGGAACGUUUGAAAGAAGAGCAGCGUAAGAGAGAAGGUGCAGAGGUUAUGACGAAAAGGGACCCAGCAGAUGAUAAGGGUUCUUCGGAAUGCGGGAUGUCACGCGGCUCGGCGGAGGCGUCACCUAUGUCGGCCACCGGGGUCUCUCCUCGGACUUCGCCCCCUGUCACGCCAGGCUCGCCACGCAGAUCACCACUUCGCUCUCCCCGCCGCUCCCCCAAUAGAUCACCUCGACCCGAGAGGUCCGAGGCGGGCUGUUCUUCACCAGCGCCAUCUGUGGGCAGCGUGGGAUCCCGUGAUGCUAUGCCAGACCCUCGCCCUCAGCAUCAUAUUUUCUCGCCCUUCGAGCAUUCGGGUGCCUUCCGUUCGUCGCCGGGCAAUGGUGACCAGCCGCCCGCGCCCCCCCUCUUUCUCCCCCAGCACCUCUCUCAUCUCUCCCAACACCUCAACCAUCUGUCGCAGCCGUUCUUCCCGUUGAAAGGUUGGGGCGCGCCAUGCCCGUGCUGCCCUAAGGAAGAGGCUCGCUCCUCGAGCGUGGCCGAGCUACGCCGCAAAGCGCACGAGCACUCCGCGGCGUUGCUGCACUCGUUGGCCAGCUUCCAGUCGCGCGCCCUGCUACCCAUGCCACUGACGCUGCCACCGCUGCCACUGCCGCUGUUGCCACAUGACGCCAACGCGCCCGCAACCAACUCUAAUGAGCCGCACAAGCAUAUGGAUUUCUUCAAAAAUCGUAAG